AUGGGAGAUCAAGAGCUACCUGCGGUUUUGGUGUCUGGAUUUGAAGGACCAAGAAGCGUGUGUAAGGACCAUGUUGCAGACCUGCAGAAACACUUUAAUCUCAUUACCAUGCAGGAAUUUUUGGAAAAUAAAACAAAAUUCAGCCCAAAGAUCCAGGCUGUCUACGUUUGGGCAGGACAGCCCGUUAUUGACCAGGAACUCCUACAGACCCUGCCCUCCUUGAAGAUUAUCGCCAAUGGAGGAGUGGGUUUAGAUCACCUGGACCUGAAGCUCAUUGCUCGCUUUGGUGUGAAAGUGGCCAACACACCAAAGGACGUAUCAAACCCCACAGCAGACAUGGGAAUGGCCUUACUACUGGCUUCUGCCCGGAGACUCGUGGAACGUCAUCAGUUGGCUCAUGCAGCAGAUAUGACGACCAUGUCUUUGAAUUGGAUGGGUGAAGAAGUGACAGGGGCCACUCUGGGAAUCAUCGGCAUGGGCACUAUUGGCUAUAAGGUUGCACAGAGGGCCAAAGCCUUCGAAAUGAAGAUUUUGUAUCACAAUAGGAACCGCAGGAACUUGGUUGAGGAGAAGGCCGUUGGAGCCACUUACUGUGAACACCUGGACGACCUGCUGCAAAAGUCUGACUUUGUGAUGUUGACGGUCAGCCUGACACCGCAGACCCAGAGCAUGAUUGGGAAGAGGGAGUUGGGACUGAUGAAACCUACGGCGAUUCUCAUCAAUAUUGGUAGAGGUCUAUUAGUUGAUCAAGAUGCGCUUGUGGAAGCUCUUCAGACUGGGGUGAUUAAAGCUGCCGCAUUGGAUGUGACGUAUCCUGAACCACUGCCCAGAGAUCAUCCUUUAUUGAAGUUGAAGAAUGUCACUUUGACUCUUCACAUUGGGAGUGCAACUCAUCAGUCUAGACGACAAAUGAUGAAAAACAUGGUUGGAAGCAUUCUAGCCUCUUUCAGUGGCCUUCCCAUUCCUAAUGAGCGUCUAGUGCGAAACGUAGCCCCGGUUCACGUCCUGGCCCUGCGUGCCCGCCACACAGCGUCCGGCUCCGCCCCAUGCAGGUUCAGGCUCCACCUCUGGACCCUUGACUCCCUUCUCUCACGCGACUAUUCUUCCCGUCCCGACUUCACCCCACGUGACGUCUGCCACACGCCGUCAGGAACGCUCGGCGCCCUGGACCACGCAAGGUCCCGCCCACCUGUAGCUCCGCCCCAGUCCUCGCGGCGCUCCCCCAAGUUCCAUCCGCGCCUGCUCACCCGAAACCCCACCCCCCACGGUAACCCCGCCCCCGAGUGCUGA